CUCUGAAUGGAUGACAGCGUUACCAUGAAAGUCCCAUUAAUCAAACAAAAGGCCCAAAGGGUCCUUCGGGUCCGCCUGUUGGUGCCGGGCUCGGCUGUGGGAGGGGCAGACAGACACAGAGUCAGAGGGUAAUCUACAGACUACCCUAGACAGUUCGCGGGGCUGAGUCUCGUUGUCAUGCUCUCCAUCGGUCAACAUUUGGUGGAGGACAGGCGCAGUCAGCCAUUUCGCCUUCGGCCGUGACUACUACUACAGAGUACUUGGUAAGCUAAGCCGCGUGCCCACUGGGCUGCGUUACUGCUCUGCACCUGAAACCCUCGACUGUACUGCUCUGUUAUUUAUUCCGCUACUCACCAGCUUAGCUUUCCUUCUUUAUUUCUUUCAGACGAUCACCUACUACAUCGAUAAAUCGAAGACCAAAAGACCUUUCAAAUUGCUCUCAGAUACCGAUCUCCUACAAGAACUCCAAUGUCUGGUCCCUACGACAACUACGGCGGCCAGGGUGGCUACGGCCAACAGCAAGGCGGAUACGGUGGCGGAUACCCUCCUCAACAGGGCUAUCCACAACAAGGCUACAACCAGCAACAGCAGCAAUACCCUCAGCAGGGCUACGGCGGCUAUCCUCCUCAAGAUCAGGGAUUCGGUCCCCCACGUCGACAGGACUCUUUCGGUCCUCCUCAGCAUGGUGGAUUUCAACACGGCCAACAAGGUCAAUACUUUGGCCAAUAUGACGCCAGCAACCCCCAAGGCUCGUCCAGUUACUACGGCUCGCAGGCUGGCAACGACGCAUACGCUCAGAAUCAAGCCUAUCAAGCUCAAAUGAACCAACCGGGUGGCUACCAAGGACAGCCGCAAUAUCAAGAUGCCAGUCAACAUGAGUUUGCCAAACAAUCGUCAGAUCCUAAUGCUCCCAACUAUGACCCCAAUGCUCCCCCCAUGUCAGAUCAAGAUCGAGGUCUUCUCGGUGCUAUUGGCGGUGGUAUUGGCGGCGGCCUAUUGGGAAAGAAAGCCAACCAUGGCUUCCUAGGAACAGUUGGCGGUGCCAUCCUCGGUAGUGUAGCAGAAGACUUCUUCAAGGACAAGAAGAAGAAGCAACACAACCAGAGCAGCUGGGGUGGUGGUAGCAAAUGGUAGAUUGGAUCUGUGCCGAGGGUGCGCAGUUUGGGCUGGAAUGUAAAUUCCUGCCAUGGAACUCAUGAUUCAUGACAUAACUCCAUCACGAGACGAGGCUGGGUUAUCAUAUCAUUGUGCUUCGUUUUUGGAUUACUUGAAGACCAGCGAGACAAGGCUGAGAUGAAUAUGCCUACGGUUUUUCGCUUUGCCGGUUACAUCGCAUCGAUUUACAAGUACAAUUACCUGAAAUGACAAUUCGCACCGGGUGCGAAAUCGCACGAAA